AAAUUAUUGGCAUUUUAAAGACAGAAAAAAAGAAUGAUAGUACUAUACUACUAUUAUAUAGAAAGUACUUUGCCAAAAAAAAGAGUGAUAUUUUACGAGGUUCAAGUGGAGUGGUGUGGUGGAGGUGGAGCUGGUGGCAAGUCUGUGUCAACCAUGGCAUCGCCCUCCGGCGCCGGCAAGCCACCGGCCGUCCUCCUCCUCCGGCCGGUGGACCAGCCCUUCGCCGUCGCGCUGCGCGAGCGCUACCGCGUGCUCGACCUCCUCUCCUCCGGCCAGCCUCUCCCGGCCUUCCUCGCCGCCGCCGCCGCCGCGCCUGACCCGCCGCGCGCCGCCGUCGUCAUGGGGGGCGGCUCAAUCCGCGCCGACGCGGCGCUCUUCGACGCCGUGCCUUCCCUGCGCUGCGUCGUCAGCACGGCGGCCGGCGUCGACCACAUCGACCUCGCCGAGUGCGCGCGCCGCGGCGUCGUCGUGGCCAACUCCGGGACGGUGUACUCCGGCGACGUGGCCGACCACGCCGUGGGCAUGGUGAUCGACGUGAUGAGGCGCGUGUCGGCGGCGGAGAGGUACGUCCGGCGAGGGCUCUGGCCGGUGCAGGGGGACUAUCCUCUCGGCUCCAAGGUAAGCGGCAAGCGUGUGGGCAUCAUCGGGCUUGGCAACAUCGGUUCACUGAUCGCCAAGAGGCUGGAAGCAUUCGGCUGCGUCAUCUCCUACAACUCAAGAAACCCCAAACGCUCGCUCCCCUACACCUACUACGCCGACGUCCGCGCCCUCGCCGCCGACUCCGACGUGCUCGUCGUGUCGUGCGCGCUCAACAGCGAGACGCGCCACAUCGUCGGCGGCGAGGUGCUGGACGCGCUCGGCGAGGGCGGCGUGGUGGUGAACGUGGGGCGCGGCGCGAACGUGGACGAGGCGGCGCUGGUGAGGGCGCUGCGGGAGGGGAGGAUCGCCGGCGCCGGGCUGGACGUGUUCGAGGGCGAGCCCAAGGUGUCGCCGGAGCUGAGGGAGAUGGAGAACGUGGUGCUGACGCCCCACGUGGCGGUGUGGACGGCGGAGUCGAGGUCCGACCUACGUGACCACACGGUGGCCAACCUUGACGCCUUCUUCUCCGGCGACCCGCUGCUCACGCCGGUCAUGCUUCCCUAACCCACCACCUACAUACUCCACGUACAGAAGUGAACUCCGAUAAUACUCCAGUAUAUACAGUGAUGGGUAUAUAUAUGUACAGUGUAACCCAAAUAAGCGGCCCAUCAGAGGUCCAUUGGCCCAAAAGAGGCUUUAUACUGUACUGGAAUAAGUUCAUCCGAGGUCCCUUAACUUUACACCGAAUUUAAUUUUCGUCCUUUAACCCCAAAACCAAAUAUAACAGUUGCUUGAACUGUCAAAACCGUGCAAAUAAGUUCUCUCGGCGGUUUGGAAAACGGUUUUAGCUGACGUGGCUGGUUUGACUGAGUCUUCAUCCCACGUGGCAUUGACGCGACGCUUAUGUGACAAUUCUAUACCUGAAAAAUAAUAAAAAACUAUGGGCCCACAUGUCAGUUAAAAAAAAGGUGGGCCUCAUGUGGGUCCACACCCCCUCCUCUUCUUCCUCCUCCUUCCCAGCUCUGUUCAUCCCUCUCUAGGCGUCACUGCCAUCGGCGGAGCUGGGCGGCUACGGGCCGCGGGCGGAGCGGGGCAGAGCAGAGGGGCGGGAAGCUCACCGGCGAUGGGAGCGUGUCCAACGCCCACGCGGUGCCCCCAGCGGUAGGCGGGUGCUCCGCCGGCGGCGACAAUCCCCACCAAUGCAGUCUGCUUCAGAUUAUGCUUCUGGCCGCCUCAAACGCAAUAGUGACGACGACGGCGAGGGCUGCCACUGCUCCAAGAAAAAACGGUGAUUAAACAUACACACACCUGCAUCUGCACGCACUUGAUUUGCUCCAAAUUAAAACGACAUUAACGAUUCUGUGAUGAACUUGUUGUGGCGGCGCAUGGAUGCAGGAAGGCCUCGUGGAGGGAGGCACGCUGGUGGACGGGGAUGGCUGCGCGAAGGGCAGUGUCCUCCUUGGCGACAGCGGUGGCGAGCUCGGCACAGAGGAAGUCGAAGGUGGGGCGGAACAUGCGGAAGUCGGCGCUGCUGCAUAGGUCCCACCACAAGCGUGGCCGGUCCUUCGCCCACAGUGGAGAGUGGGAGCAGCGCGCGGUGGACGGCCUCCUCCUCCGCUGCCACCGGCAUGCCUCCCCGCAUCUCCUCCUCCGGCGGCCACCGCCGCACGCCGCCCCUUCUCCCCACCGGCCACCGCCCUUCUCCCCGCCGCCACUGCCGGAUCUCGGUCACCGGCGUUGCUCCAGGGGGACCCGUCGCCGCACGCGUCCUGCUUCGCCCACCGCCGUCGCCGACCCCCUCUUAUCGUCCCGGCUUCCUCCUCCAGCCCGUCGCUCUCGUCGGCGGUCACCGGUCUCAUCGCCCACCGAGCCACCGGCCCGACCUCGCCGCCUCGCUCCUCCACCCCUUCACCACUUACGCUGGGCGUGCUCACCAUCGAGAAGAGAGAGGAGGGGGAGAGAGAUGAAGAGAGGGGAGAUGGGGAGAGAGAGAGGAGGAAGAAGGGGGGUGUGAAUGACAUGUGGGCCCCACUUUUUUCAAUUUUUUUAACUGACAUGUGGGCCCACGUUUUUUUUUAUUUUUCGGGAUAGAAUUGCCACGUAGACGCCACGUCAAUGCCACGUGGGACGAAUACCUAGUUAAACCAGCCACGUAGGCGCCAUGUUAGCUAAAACCGCCGAGGGACCAUGUUUGCAUUGGUUUUGACAGUUCAGGGACCUGUUAUAUCUGGUUUUUGGGUUUAAGGACGAAAAUCGAAUUCGGUGUAAAGUUAAGGGACCUUGGAUGAACUUAUUCAUACUGUACUAGCACUGUAUGACUCUUCUUAUCCAUAGAUUGGAACUUAGGAUUUUUCUAUUGAAUCA